GUUUUCUUUUUAAUUUAAGUGUUAAAAACGACUGUUGUGUGAUAUAAUCGGCAAGAUUUAAGAGAAAGUAACUUACUUAUAUUAUUCUUACUCGACUGAACUGUGCGAAUAAUUAAUAAUGAAUGGUUGUAUACGAGUGUCAGAACGUUUGACAGACUCUAAGAUGAGUCAUUAAAAAUACACAAUUAACAACCACGGUUGCAAUAUGCUUCAUCUGCCGCUGCGAUGGUUCGCACGUAUACAACAUGGCGGCAUCGCCAAUCAAUUCUUCAUGGCCCUCAUGGUAACCAUUCCGGUGUUGAACUUCGGAAUGCUUAUGGGCUGGCAAUCUCCGAUGACGCCCAUCCUGCAAUCAGAAGACGGACCAGCUCCAGAACCAAUCACCGACGAAACGAUCUCUUGGAUGGCCUCAGUGACCUUCAUCCCGCCAAUUUUCUGCGGUUUCCUAGUAGGCGACCUAGCUGAUAGGUGGGGCAGAAAGACCACCACAAUGUUGACUUCCUUAAUGCUUGUGAUCAGCUGGUCAAUCACCCUUUUCUCUCUUCGGCCCUGGGCUCUGAUAGCUUCCCGGGCAGUCGCAGGACUUGCAUGCGCAGGUUGUUAUGUCGUUACGCCAUUGUACUUAAAAGAGGUGGCAUCAGACAACAUACGCGGUGCAUUGGGAUCCCUCUUCAUCCUGUCGCAGAACCUUGGCUACUUAAUGGUCUACAUCGCUGGCGAUUUUUUUUCCUUCGCCGCCGUCAUGUGGCUGUGCACGGCCAUACCCGUGUUACACUUGUUUGUGUUCCUGGCUAUGCCUGAAACACCAGUAUUCCUAGUCAAGCAGGGAAAAUUGAAGGAAGCAAGAGCGGCGCUUGCGUGGCUGCGACACACCACCGUGGACGACAAGAAUCUAGAAGAAGAGAUCCAGAUUAUGGAAAGAGAGGAAGAAUACGCAAAAACUAUGAAGAAAGCUUCCUGGAAAAGCAUCGUCCAAGAUAAAACCACAUUCAAAGCGUUCAGGAUAGCUGUUAAUGUCAUGUUAUCACAAGAGACAUGCGGCUACCUCGUAGUGCUCAUGUACGCUGGGUCGAUCUUCGAGCAGGCGUCGGAAUCCAUCAGCCUCAAGCUCAGUCCGAACAAGCAGACGAUUGUCGUUGGAGUCAUACAGCUGCUGGGAUCCAUUGUCGCUAGUUGUAUUGUUGAAAAGACUGGGAGAAAGUGGCUGCUCGCCGUGACAUCAUUCGCGACGGGUAUCUCCAUGCUGGCGCUCGGCGGCUGGUUCUUCGUCACAUCCAAGUCAAUUUGGCUGCCCGCCUGGUUGCCAGUGGUCGCCAUGUGUCUCUGCAUCUUCGCUGACGCGGCUGGUUACCAGCCAGUGCCAUAUGUCAUAACCUCAGAGUUGUUUUCUUUUCAACAUCGUGGUAUGGUGACGUCAUUCGUCAGCAGCGUCGACGCCCUCAGUGACUUCCUCCAAACGAAAGCAUACGAUCCUCUCCUAAAAUUAUUAGGAAUACAUUGGGUCUUCAUAAUGUUCUCAUUAGUUUGUUUCAUAGGUACUCUAUAUACUGUGUUAUAUGUACCAGAGACAAAAGACAGAACCGUAGAGGAAAUCUAUGCCAUUCUAGAUGGUAGACAGAAGGAGAAAAGGAAAGAUGUAGAAAGCGGGAAAGAGAUGAGCAGAUUGUAAACCAUUAUUUUGACAAAAACUUGUGAAUUGUUUUAUAAUGUCGUAGUUUUUCGACGGAAGCAAAUGUGCUCAAAAUAACUCAUAUUAAUUUAUAUAUUUAAAAUGAAUCGACUAAUAUUAUUCACAUUUAGUAACUCAGUCUACUAAACAAGGGUGAUGUGAAGAUAAAAAACAUUAAAAAAUAAUAAUAACAGUAAUAGCGAUAGCACUAUUGUAAUUGAAAAAUUGUAAGCGUUAUAUGUUAAACAUUCGAGAGCUGACUAGCAGAACACGUAAGUUAAACUCAGAACUGCAGAAGUGGCGAGAAGCGCGCAGCGUGUUGCUGCAUGCAACAACAGCCGCGACGAAAUAACGCAAACAUUCAAUAAAAUUGAAACAGACUUCUCCAUUUCCAAUCUACAAUACGUUGCUUUACAAAAUAAAAUACUUUUAACAUAUAAAAUGUAUUGAAAACUAAACACGAUAAUUUCGUUUCAUAUGAUAUUUCUAAUAAUGUUUUUUAUUUAUGUAAAAUAAGAGUAAGUUCCUUUAUAUCUGAUGAUUAAUAAGUUAAUUUAUUUAUAUCUGGUAUAAAUGAAUGUACUUUUGAUGAAAUAUUAUAUUUGAAUCAUAAACAAGGUUGGAGAAUGAUAUUGAAAUUGUAAAUCUCAUUCAUCAUUCGUGUGAAAAAGAAUAGGAAUAGAGUAUAGAGAUUUAAUUUACAUCUGUGCCAUUAACGCAACUCUCAACAAAAAAUAUUUGUAUAUUCUGUUUUAAUUUAAUUUGUACAAAAAAUAAAACAAAAAUUAUAUAUUUCUUUAUUUUUAUUACAUAAAUAAUAUUUCAAAAUUGUGCCAUCUGAUCGAUAACAUUAUAAAGAUUUAAGUUAAUACAAAAAAAAAUCAAAGUGCUUAAAAAAUAUAAUUUUUGUUUGAUAACACAAGACAUGAAAGACAGAUAAUAUAUUAAUUUAAGUUUACAAUAAAUCCUACCAUACCGAAAUAUUUUUAUCUACUUUUAUUUACAUUGAGUACUUAAAUUUAUAAUAUGCCGAUCAAAUUAAAUACUAUACCAUAAUUAUUUUUUCUUUACAUAAUAGCUAUUAUUAUUUCGAAAGAAAAGUUAUAUUCAAUUCAUAAAAUAGCCAAGAAACUUUUAUAUUUUUAUGAUUCUUAUUAAAGGCGCCUUAAGACUGGCCUCUAUGACCUCUAUGGUUCGUUCGUUAUCUGUACGAGCCAGAAUUAGGAAAUAUACGCAAGAAAAAAAAAGUUAUUACUAUGUACAGAUUAGAUUUUAAAACGUUAAUGCCUUCUUUUAUUGUGCAAUGCAAUAUGUAUGCUGUGAUAAAGUUGAAAUUACUUUAUUUGGUUACACGAAAUUAUUGUUUAUUGUGCUAUUAAUUCCGUACUUGUGAUAUUAUUGACGAAUUAAUUAUGGUAUUAUUAGAAAUAAGUUUAGACGCCAUUAAAUAAUUUAUGCCCGA